AUGACGUCAUUUAACGGUGUGCUCGUUGUGACGUCACUCCGCCCCGCCCCCGCCCGUCACGUGACACCCGCGGCCGAAUGCGAUCGGGGGGAGGCGGGGCCUGUCCGGGCUGCGCAUGCGCCGUGCGGGCCGGCCCGCGUGGCCCCCGCUGCCCCCAUCGCCCGCGGCCGCGCCCGAAAUUCCCAAAAAAAUAAUAAAAAGCCAAAAGCAGUGGGCGCGGGGAGGGAGAAGCGUGUGGGUGCCAGGGAAAUCCGACUCCGUGACUCACGGGGGCGGGAGCGGCUCCGGGAUCCCGGAAUCCCAGAAAGAUCCCAAAACCAGCACGGGGAUUGUCUGCUCAGCGGGGCUGGGGCCAGGGAAAGGGCUGGAAAACCGGGAACGCGCCGCCUCCCGGGCUCUUUUUGGGAUAAAAACCCCAAUUUUUGGCUUUCGGAGCCGGCGUUUUCGCUUUUCCUGGCUUUUCCUCAGCCUGGCAGAACUGCUGGGAGAAUCCAGCCCUUUAUCCUGCUUUUUUUCAGCUCCAAGUCACCUUUUCCACCUGGAAUUUUGGGCUCAGGAUCCAACACCUUCAAAAAGUCCCUGACUCCUGAGAUGCCAGGAGGAUCCCAAACCAUCAGGAAAGGCCACAGAGGAGUGGAUUCCACAGGAGAAACCACCUACAAAAAGACCACGUCGUCGGCGCUGAAGGGUGCCAUCCAGCUGGGCAUCACGCACACCGUGGGCAGCCUGAGCACCAAGCCCGAGCGCGACGUGCUCAUGCAGGACUUCUACGUGGUGGAGAGCAUCUUCUUCCCCAGCGAGGGCAGCAACCUGACCCCCGCCCACCACUACAACGACUUCCGCUUCAAGACCUACGCGCCCGUGGCCUUCCGCUACUUCCGGGAGCUCUUCGGGAUCCGCCCCGACGACUACCUGUACUCGCUGUGCAGCGAGCCCCUCAUCGAGCUCUCCAACUCGGGCGCCAGCGGCUCGCUCUUCUACGUGUCCAGCGACGACGAGUUCAUCAUCAAAACCGUGCAGCACAAGGAGGCCGAGUUCCUGCAGAAGCUCCUGCCCGGCUACUACAUGGUGAGAGCGCCGGCAUCCCGGCCAUUCCUGGGAAUUCCGGCCCUGGAGAGCCCUCCCCUGGCUGCGAGCCCUUCCCAAGCCCUGAACGCCGUGGAAAACACCAAAAAAAUCCGUGGAAAACCCCAACAAUCCAAACAAAACCCCCAAGCCAGGAGGAUUUGGAUGUUCUUCCCGUGUUGUAUCUGCAAUUUUCAAUCGUUUCCAAUUUGUGCUGUUCUAUGCUUUUUCAUGGGUUUUGGGGGAAACCAGGGGUGUUCUGUGCUUUUUCCUGUUUUUUGUGGGGACGUUUGUGCUGCUUGUUCCUGCCUUCCCCGUGUUCCCGGGGUUCUCUACAGAACACGUUUCUGUAAAUCCCAGACCCCGCUCCAGCCCCGUUCCCGCCCGUUUCCAGCGGGGUGCCGCUCCCCAGCUCCCGUUUCUUGGCCCGGGCAGGUGCUGCAGAGUUUCAAGAUCAUGGACUACAGCCUGCUGGUGGCCAUCCACAGCCUGGACCAGGCGCAGCGCGAGCGCGCGGCCGCCGGCGGCCCCGGGGAGCGCGAGCGCGACGGCGACGGGCGCGGGCGGCCCGCGGCACAGCGAGCGCUCUACUCCACGGCCAUGGAGUCCAUCCAGGGGGAGGCGCGCAGAGGGGGCACCAUCGAGACUGAUGACCAGUGAG